UCUUUUGUUCAUCGCUCAGAACAGGGUAAGGGAAAGAAAUUCCAAACCCUCACAAUUUUCUCUUCAGAUCCCAAAUCUCUGUUACCACGGCGGCGCGUGCGUGUUUUAUACGGCGCGUGAGGGUGUGUAAGCGCGUGGUGUGAAGUGUAGAGCUGAGUUAUGCUUUGUAUGAGCUGCAUUUGGGAAUUCAUGCCGGAGCUACGCCGGAAUCGAAAUCUCACCGUACGGCCGUGAUUUCUGCUCCUCCAUGGCUUCCGCCGUCAUAGCCAACCGGAACGAACCCAAUUGGCCACAGCAUAGAGGCGGUGGAGCGGGAUUCAUGGGAAAACUACCAUUCUCUAACCCUAACCCUAAAAUUGGGAACGGGAAGAGGACGACUCAAUCGGCGUCCGAUGAUGCUUCCUCCAUCAACCGGCGACCGGCGUCGACGAACGACAACAUCUUCAAUCUCAAUCACAAUCACAAUCACUCCCAAUACGUGACGUUCAACUUGGCGUCGUACACGAAGAAGGAGCUCCACGACCUCAAAAUUCGCCUCCGAUCGGAGCUCGAACAGGUUCGGAGGCUCAAGAGCAGAAUCGAGUCCGGGGAGUUUCAGCUGCCGAAGAAAUCGGCGGGGAGCAAGAAGGUUUCCGGCAACAAGCGUCCCUUGCCGGUGAAGGAUUUCAAACGAUCGCAUUUGGAGGUUGCGAGCUUGAUGAAGAGCUGCGUGCAGGUUUUGCAGAAGCUUAUGAAGCACAAGCAUGGGUGGAUCUUCAAUGUUCCCGUUGAUGCUGUUGGAAUGGGUCUUCAUGAUUACUACGAGAUCAUCAAGAAACCCAUGGAUCUGGGUACGGUGAAAGCGAAUCUCUCGAAGAACGUGUACGCUACGCCUGAGGAAUUUGCAUCGGAUGUGAGAUUGACGUUCAACAAUGCACUGACUUAUAACCCUAAGGGCCACGAUGUGUACACCAUGGCGGAGCAGCUUCUGGUGAGGUUCGAGGAGCUGUAUCGCCCCUUGCAGGAGAAAUUCGAGGAUUGUUUGAGGCAGGAGCGCGAUUUUGACGAGGAAUUGCAGGCGAGUUCAUGGAACCACAUUGAGCCGGAGAGGGAGAGGGAGAGGGUAAAGAAGAAGGAGAAGCCGGUGAAGGCGGUGAUCCCUCCUCCUGUGAAAUUGCAGCAAGAGCCUGUUCCGCAGCCGCCACCUAUGCAGCAGCAGCAGCCGCCUGCAAGUUCUUCAAACCCUCCGUUAGUGCAGUCUCCAGUGCGCACACCUUCACCAAUGCGAGCUCCUCCAGUGAAGCAUGUGAAGCAACCGAAACCGAAGGCCAAGGAUCCGAAUAAGAGGGACAUGAAUCUUGAGGAGAAGCACAAGCUGGGGCUUGGGUUGCAGAGUUUACCAUCAGAGAAAAUGGAGCAGGUGGUGCAGAUUAUAAAGAAGAGGAAUGGGCAUUUGAAGCAAGAUGGGGAUGAGAUUGAGCUGGAUAUUGAGGCUGUUGACAAUGAGACCCUUUGGGAGCUUGAUCGAUUGGUGACAAAUUGGAAGAAGAUGAUGAGCAAGAUUAAGCGGCAGGCACUGUUAGACAAUCUGAAUCCCAAUGUAGCAUCAAACAAAGACAAUGGGGAAUUGCCCGCUUGCGAUAAAGUUGAACCAGCACCAGUUGAGGUGGUGAAAAAGCCAAAGAAAGUGGAAGCAGCAGGGGAUGAGGAUGUAGACAUUGGCGACGAGAUGCCAAUGAGUGAGUUUCCCCCAGUAGAGAUUGAGAAAGACAAAGAUGUCGCUGCAGGCCACGCGAGUAGUAGUUCUGGUAGCUCGAGCAGUUCAAGCAGUGGUUCCUCGUCAUCUAGUGAUUCGGAUUCGGGGAGUUCCUCAGGGAGUGAUUCUGAAGCAGACAACGGACAAUCAUAGCAGCCAAUGAAAACAAGCUAGAUUAUUGCGGGUUAGCGGAUGAAGAAUGUGUUUGCUUCAUUAGCUUCCCUUGAGGGUGCGGCUUGAACACAUGGACGAGGGGCUGUGACCAUCGUUUUGUUGGUGAAGUUUGGGCGUAGUGGAUAUGAUUGUUGCUCUGGGAACCUGCUCGAGGAUUUGUGGUGUGACAUAGUUGUAAAAAUGAUUCCGGAAAACCCAAGUUAAUCUAAACAAAUUGUAGUCCAGAAAGUAGAUGAAAUGUGGUGAAAAUCCUAGGAUAUUAGUGUUAAAGAUUAGGAAUAGAACCAAGAGAACUAGUGUUUUUUAAUGAGUUUACCUUGUACACAUUACAACAGUAAAUAGACGUGUCAUUAUUCUCUAUGAUGAAAGACUUUUUUAUCAAUCUUUUUUAUCAA